AUGGAUCUGGGUUACAAGAACGGCAGUAGUUUCCCUGUAGACUCCUCCAAUGGAGGGAAAGCAGGGGGCUUAAGUAUGUGGUGGACAGAUGAGGUUGAGGCUACUGUGAUGUCAAGCUCUCUACAUCAUAUGGAUAUGAAGAUCGAAAAUGAGGCAAUGGGUACUCGGAGUUUUAGUGGUAUUUACAGAUGGCCAGAGGGGAGGGAUAAGGAACAAACCUGGGAGAUGAUGAGACACCUGGCAUCACAAUGGAAGGGACCAUGGUUGUGUGGGGGUGAUUUCAACCAGUUUUUAUCUGAUGAGGAGAAGAAAGGAGGUAAUAUGGCGGUUGAAGUGGACAUGCAAGCUUUUUCAGAUUGUAUGGCGGAUACAGGAUUGAGAAACAUGGGUUUCACCAGCUACCCCUCACGUGGGAUUACAGGCGCCGAGUUAAGGGUUAUAUUGAGGAAAGAUUGGAUCGUUUCCUAG